CUCCGUACGUGUCACCAUCUGAGGCUCAUAGAUGUUUUUUCGUUUGUUUCUCGCUCAAGCUUCCUGCCUUCAUCUUCAACCUCCUCAAUCACUGCCAGAGAGCAAAGAACUCUCUCUCACUCUCUACAAUUUGUUUAGAAAUCAGAAUAUGUGUAACAAUCUGAGAUCGGGCCCAUUUUGGAUCGGGAAAAAUAGUCCCAGUCACUCACCGAAAUGAUAAGUCAUGCGUUAUUAGUGAGUGAUCUAUGCUGAAGAACGGCCAAUUUGGGAAAUCGAAAGAUUACAUUGUCAUAGGAACCUUGUAACUUUUUUGUAAUUGUUUCAGUGCUUGAUGAGUUCAACUGUUUCAACAUCUCGAGGGAUACUUCCACCAGCAACGGCGGGGGUUUCUGGUCCUUUUCUCCAUAGUGAAUCACAGUUUAGUGAAAGUGAUGAGACAGAGUUACUCACUGUAUCAUGGAAUCAGGAUUAUGGUUGCUUUGCUGCUGGGACAAGCCGAGGUUUUCGCAUUUAUAACUGUGAUCCUUUCAAGGAAACUUUCAGACGUGACCUGAAAAGUGGGGGAUUUGGGAUUGUUGAGAUGCUGUUUCGGUGCAACAUUUUGGCACUUGUUGGUGGUAAAGCCAAUAACCAGUAUCCUCCAAAUAAAGUUAUAAUCUGGGAUGAUCAUCAGAGCCGGUGCAUUGGUGAAUUUUCUUUUAGAUCUGAGGUUCGUGCGGUGAAAUUAAGACGGGAUCGCGUUGUUAUUGUUCUUGAGCAUAAGAUAUACAUUUACAAUUUUAUGGAUCUGAAGCUUCUUCAUCAGAUUGAGACACUGGCAAAUCCCAGAGGACUUUGUUGCCUUUCACAUAACUUGAAUACUUCUGUAAUGGCUUGCCCAGGUCUUCGACGAGGACAGGUGCGGAUUGAACAUUUUGGGCUGAAUAUGACUAAAUUGAUUAAUGCGCAUGACACUCAGAUAGCAUGUAUAACCUUGACUAUGGACGGGCUGCUUCUUGCAACUGCUAGUACAAAGGGCACUUUGAUAAGAAUUUUCAACACAAUGGAUGGAACUCGAUUACAAGAGGUACGCAGAGGGGUGGACAAAGCAGAUAUCUAUAGUAUUGCUCUCUCCCCAAAUGUACAGUGGUUGGCAGUGUCAAGUGACAGAGGUACUGUUCAUAUAUUUAGUCUCAAGGUGCGUGUUGGGGAGGACCCAUCAAGUCAUUCCAGUGCCACUCAAAGUCCAGCACUGUAUUACCAGAAUUCUUCAACUUCACUCGAUACUCUUAUUUCUCCAAAUACUGGUGCCAACCCUGGCUCAUCAUUAUCUUUCAUGAAAGGAGUUUUACCAAAAUAUUUCAGCUCAGAGUGGUCAUUUGCUCAGUUCCACUUACCAGAACACACACAAUUCAUUGCAGCAUUUGGAUCCCAGAACAAUGUCAUUAUUGUUGGCAUGGAUGGGAGUUUCUACGGGUGCAGCUUUGAUCCUGUGAAUGGAGGGGAAAUGGUGCAGCAAGAAUAUGUCCGUUUUCUAAAAACAGACAGUAGGCCGAGAUAGGGCUAUCUCAACAAUUUUAUGAGCAAUACUCUUCCCAACCCAAGUGUAUACGGAGCCUGGAUGCCAUUUACAUAAAUCUCCUGUAUCUAUCUUGUUUAUGUAUAUCAUAUCAGAAACAAGCUAAGCCCAGAGACUUAUAAAUGUCAUUAAGUUUUUUCAAGGGGCAAUAUUGUUCUUGCUGGACACUCGGUAUUCUUAAUGUAUAUUCAAUUAGGAUCUGUUGUUCAAUACAGUAAUAUUGCGUUUUUCUAUCCAGUUUCAGCCUCGGAAAUUCCCCGGUACCUAGAUUACACCUGGACUUAUGUAGCAGAAUUCCGGGAAUUUGAAUCAAGCAUUUGGUUUCAGG